AUGGCCUCGCCACCCGCUUUCUACCACGCCCUCCUCCGCCCUGUCGUCCUCCAAAUCCUCCGAGCGACGGGAUACUACGCCUGCAGACCCGCCGUCCUCGACACCUUCACCGACCUUGCCGCGCGAUACCUCUACAUGCUCGCCGAGAAGACGGCCAACCACGCUGCGGACAACGAACACGCCGAGCUCCCCUCCGUCGUCGACUUGCGCAUGGCGCUACAAGACGUAGCCGCCUUAUUACCCGAGCGUGUCCUCACGGACCAGGAGUACGUUGGCGUCGAGGAUACGCGGGGCAUGGAUGAGUUCUUGGCGUGGUUCUCGGGACCUAGGAAUAAGCUUAUUAAAGACUAUGCUGCCGUGGAUGGCGACCCUGAUGCGACGGAUUAUCUUUCCGCUCUAAAAAAGAAACAUAGCAAGACGGGCGAGGACUCGAAAUACCACUCCACCAUUCUCGGCAAGGGGAACGACCAGGGCGACAUUCUAGUGGAAGGCGCCGAGGUGCUCACGAGCAUCGAGUCUUGGGAACGUUCAGUUAGGGGCUCAUCUGGCGAUGAAUCCGACGAGUCGAACGCUCGCGAGGGAGAGCCGGAGCCCGGCACACCAAGCUCAGUUCUUAGCUCGGUGGGCGACAGGAUAGCGGACGUGGAAAUGGAACUCUCAUGA